AUGGCCUCGAAUUCGGUGAUCCCAGUCGACCAGCCUAACACCACUGCAGAGAUCCUCCGUCUGCAAAAUCGAUUGACAGACAUCCGCAACCAACGCAAAAUACUGGAACUACGCAAUGAGAUUGCCCGCGAAAGCCAGCUGUUGGCCGACGCUCAACACCGUCUGCAAGCGACAGAAUCACAAAUGAUGACCGGCGAUCGCUCCCUCAAUUCAUCGCAUACACCUACUCGACUUACUGCAGGUAGUGCCAUACCAGCAGAUAAGGGCAUAAAGAAGAGAGGUGCCAAAGCUUCCCAUAAACAAAAAGUACUGUGGACGGGAUCGAUCAUCGUAUAUCACCCUGGUCAGCAACUUGCGAGGUUUCUUUUGCAAACAUGA